UAUUGCUAAAAUUAACACACUGGAUUACAUUGCAUAUAUGAUUCAUUAUUUUUAAAGCUUCUAUUUCUUCUUUGUGUGUCUCCUUUUGGACUCUCUCUGCUGUCUUAGUUCCUCAACUAAUCUCAUUAAUUUCUCUUUAUUCAAUGCCCUCAAUUUAAUUCCCCUCUCCCCUUUGCCUGCAAAAUUAGGUGUCCUAAGAACUAAAACUUUAAAAAAUUUAAAAAACAAGUUGGCUGUUUUUAUUUUUUUUUAUUUUUACACCUUCAAAGUCACCAACGACCACACAGUGCAUUAAUGGUAGUGCAUCUGAUGCAAUUUAAAGAAACAGUCUGUCUUUAAAAUUAUUGCAUUUCACCUAUAAAUCUCUCUAUCUCAUUACACUCCAUUUUGUACUACUCACUCUAUAUUUUUUCUUCUUCCUCUCUGUAUUUCUUUUCUCAUAUUACACCCCAAAACCCUACUUCAUUUCUUGAUUUCUUGUACAGUUCUGUUCAUAUAGUAAAAAACCCAGUUUUUUUUCAAGAAAAUAAAAUCUGGGUUUUUGUUUUUAUCAAAUUUCAUUGAGGUACGUUCUUUUUUAUAUGUAAUGGAUAUGUUAACGGCGUUAAUGCUGUUUUCUGCCGUUACUGUUUAUCUGUUGUGGUUUACGUUUAUUUCACGGUCGUUAAAAGGUCCGCGUGUGUGGCCUUUAUUGGGCAGUCUUCCUGGUUUGAUUGAGAAUUGUGACCGGUUGCAUGACUGGAUCUGUGACAAUCUCCGCGCGUGUAGCGGCACGUACCAGACUUGCAUCUGUGCUAUUCCGUUUCUUGCUAAGAAGCAGGGUCUCGUGACGGUCACGUGUGACCCGAGAAAUAUAGAGCAUAUUUUGAAGACCCGGUUCUAUAAUUACCCUAAAGGUCCCACGUGGCAAGCGGUGUUUCAUGAUUUGCUUGGUGAGGGGAUUUUUAACUCUGAUGGUGACACGUGGCUGUUUCAGCGGAGAACUGCCGCACUGGAAUUUACCACCAGGACUCUUCGUCAAGCCAUGGCUCGAUGGGUUAGCCGAGCUAUUAAGUUGAGAUUUUGUCCUAUUCUUGAAGCUGCUCAACUUAAAGCUGAGCCGAUUGAUCUUCAAGAUACGUUACUUCGGCUCACUUUUGAUAAUAUUUGCGGCUUGGCUUUUGGCCAAGAUCCACAGACGUGCGCGCCCGGGCUUCCUGAUAACAGCUUUGCUUCGGCUUUUGAUCGAGCCACAGAAGCCUCUCUUCAACGGUUUAUUUUGCCUGAAAUUUUGUGGAAGUUUAAGAAAUGGCUUGGGCUUGGAAUGGAAGUCAGCUUGAACCGAAGCCUUGGCCAGCUUGACGAGUACUUAACGUCCGUUAUAGACGCACGUAAAACUGAGUUGCUAAACCAACAAAAAGACGGUAACUUCCACGACGAUCUCCUGUCAAGAUUCAUGAAGAAAAAAGAAUCCUACUCAGACACAUUCCUUCAACACGUGGCACUCAAUUUCAUCCUAGCUGGACGUGACACGUCAUCCGUUGCUUUGAGCUGGUUCUUCUGGCUGCUCAUACAAAACCCAUCAGUGGAAGAGAAAAUCCUGAACGAAUUAUGCACAGUUCUGAUCGAGACACGUGGCGAUGACGCGUCAAAAUGGGUCGACGAGCCACUAGGGUUUGAAGAAGUUGAUCGUUUGAUCUACUUAAAAGCAGCAUUAUCAGAAACCCUAAGGCUAUACCCAUCAGUUCCUCAAGACUCGAAGCAUGCAGCGGCUGAUGACGUGUUACCGGACGGAACAUUCGUGCCGGCGGGUUCGUCGAUCACAUAUUCAAUAUAUGCAGCCGGGAGAAUGAAGUCCAGUUGGGGUGACGACUGCCUAGAGUUUAAACCAGAACGGUGGCUAUCAGAAGAUGGUCACAGUUUUAUAAACCACGACUCUUACAAAUUUGUAGCAUUCAACGCCGGUCCAAGAAUCUGUUUAGGCAAACACUUGGCAUAUUUACAAAUGAAGUCCGUCGCGUCAGCGUUGCUUCUCCGGCACCGGUUAACCUUGGUGCCAGGUCACAAGGUGGAGCAGAAAAUGUCGUUAACACUGUUCAUGAAAGAUGGGCUUAAAGUAAAUGUGCACGAGAGAGAUUUAAGUGAAACUGUGGCAAGAAUAGUGAGAAAAAAUAAUAAGAAUCACAGCAAGUUGCAUGGGAGUAACGGUGAGGGAAUUAACGGCGUUAGAUGUAACGGAGAAGCUUGUAACGGCGUCAGUUUAAACGGAAAGGAGGUGGUGGUUGUGUAGUUUAAGGAUAUUGUUGAAGAAUUGGUGAGUUUGGUGAAGGGUAUUUAAAGAGGAUGAAGUACUCCAUGUGAGUCUGAGACAAAAUUAAAGGGUUGGAAAAAAUUUGCAUGUGGAGAAGAGUACGUAUUUAAAGAAUACCUCAAAAAAAGAAGAAGAGAAUACCUUCAAAUCUUAUAGAUUUUAUUGCUUCUUCCAUUUGUUGAUAGAAGAAGAGUAGAGUGAGUUUUUGAACUAACUCUUUAAUUUUUAUUUUGAGAAAUUCUCAAUUCUUUAUUUAUGUGUAAUUGUUCAUUUUUAUUUAAUUUGUGUUUCAAAGUUGAUUUUUAGUUUGUUUUUGUUUUAUAUUUGUAAGUUUAUUGAAGGAUAUCAAAAUAAAAUUGCUCAUAUUUGAUAGUUAAA